AUGUGUGUGGUUGAUAUAAGGUAGUGCUUUUAUCACGUUGUUUCUGGAGUUAUAAGGAAUUAUUGGUAAAAUAUGGGAAGCAGAAAAUACGAAAUGUGUUCAGAAAGCCAUUAGGCCUACCUAUCAAAUAUAAUAUCUUAAAUUUAUAAGAAAGGAAAAUGGUCAACGGAGCUGUCCUGUGUAUAGCUUUUUGCCGAAUCUCGCCAGAUGCAAGGCUGUCUGCUCCACGGACUACAAAUGGUUACUAACAAUGUUAUCACUGGUCAAGAUUUAUUACCUUCAUUUCUAAUUCCAUCUUGUCCCAGAAUGUAUAUACAAUAAUUUUAUUGGAUCUUGAUGGCAAUGAUUCAUUGACUGCAACUUAUCUGUAUCAUCACUCCACUCUCGAAUGGUCAGCAUCACCGACACAUCGUCGUCGCAAUCAUCAUUCGGCACCGCCUUUGCCGCCGUAGCAGUUAUGUCGUACUGUCGUCAUCAUCAUCCUCAUCGUCAACACCGUCAAAUUUCGAAAUACGAAUGAGUGAGCCCCUCUACAGCCAGAAAACUGAUAACACCACGAUCAAUCGUAUGUGCAUUUGAUUUGUUUGCCUGCCUGUGUAAGCAUAAGAAACAGCAUCUCUUUAAAAAAAUUGGAUUCUGCCUCCACUUCGACAACGACAACGAGUACGAUGCCGAAGGUUGAAUUAUCAGUUUCUUCUCAGUUCUGCAUCCUGCUGAUCGUCCAGGUCCUCGUCUCGGUGGUCAUCAUCGGGACGAUAACAUACAUGAGUCAAUCAAGAAUAACUCCAGGUCCAUUCCAGUCAGACGAUGGGAAAAAUAGCCCGCCCUCUAUAGGCAAUUACCAACUUCUCAUUCAAAACGCAGCUGGCCAUGGUCGUAGCCAGCGCGUUCAAGAUGGAAAUGGCAAUGCGUUGGCUGGUCAUAAUCUUCAGAAGUUCAAGGACAUCGUCGAUUCUCAGAUACAAAAACGACCAACACUAGAUAAGGCCGAUUCAACGAUGAAAGUUGAUACAUCGCCUGUACACAACAAGUUUGUGAUACUUACAUCAGUGAAUGCAGAGUUUGUUGACAUCGCUGAGAACUGGCUGGAGAGUCUCCGACGUCUGGGAAUCCGCUACAACGUUACUGUGGUGGCAGAAGACAAGGACACCUACAAGUAUUUCAGUAUCAGAGCCAACAGGGAAUUCCGGGUGCUUUAUCAGAAGCAGUAUGCCUUCAACUUCACCCGGCGGUACGGUCCUGUCAUGAUGUACCAGGAACUGAUUCGUCGCAGGACCGUGUAUAUCAGGACCUUGCUAGAGCAAGGUCAUGACGUGUUGCUGGUGGAUGUUGACACGGUCUGGAUCAAGAACCCGCUCGAUCUGAUCCUUGGGGAGUACGCCCUCUACGACAUGUGGCUUGCGCAAGGUUACGAAAACCACAUACCAUGUCCCUGUUUCAUGUACAUGAAGUCAAACUCUGAUGUUAUUGUCAUGGUUAAGGAAUGGGUCAAGCGAUUGGAAAAUCAACGGGGAAGGACAUUGGAGUCGGAUCAGGUUGCUUUGACGAAAGUUCUGCCCCUCUUUCCGGAUAUUCCGAUCAAAAGGAUGAGCUUUGAAAAAUUCCCGACUGGCAAGCACUACUUUGAUAGGGCAUGGCUCGCGCUUCAUAAAAAUGAGGUUUAUGUUGCUCACGGGAACCAUCUUGGGCGUCAUGAUGGAAAGAAAAAGAAGCUGAAAGAGUUUGGCCUUUGGUUACUCAAUUCUUAACCAACAACUAUGAUAUUCAUUUUGAGAUAUUAAGUUUGUAAACAUUAGCGGUGCUACGGGGGGGGGGGGGGGGGCAGGCAGCGAUCGCCCUAUAAAAUCUUGAGUAGUGAAAAGGAAAUGAAAAUGUAAAUUAACAAAGGAGGGCCUAGAGAAGACAGAAGAGAGUAACAAAGAGAGGUUUAGAUCGUUACGUCGUGAUACUCUCUAUACCCCUGGAAUUAAAUUUAAAAAAAAAGCUAAAUAGAUAGUUAUUCACUCCCAUAAAAAUACACAGCCUGGCGCCAUCUCUGGAUUUAAAUUAUUGGUUCUUUUGAAAAAAAAGUAAUUCUAUCAUUGAAAAUGAAUGUAUAUGAAUAUAUGUUUUUCCCAUUUCUUUCUUUUCAUCAUUAUGUAUUGGUCAACAUUGUGUUUCUGAAUCUCGAUUCAUUUUUAUAAUGAAAGAGUACGUAAGCGAUGACGUCACAAAAAGGGUUUAAGCAUUUCAGCAUU